GGUAAACCCGGAUGGGCAGUCUUAUUAAAAUAGAGUAAAAAACGGCGUUUUUUUACGUUUCAUAUUAAUGAGGUUGGCAGCGAGUUUCAUUCACACAGCGAGUGCCCAUGUCAUCCAUUCAUAAAAACGUCAGCAAGCGAGACGGCUUCCCGUUGGUCGAUUCGUGAGUGGAGCGUAAGCACUAGGGGCGCUGCUAGUUGCAAUCUCAUUCGAGUCAGUGCUGUGCUCCGUGGUGGUUGCGUCGAUUGCUCGUGCUCCUGUUUUCGUCGCAUGGAUAAAGUGUACGAAAUUUUGAGUGCCCCGGUUAAGAUGCAGGACUAACCGAUGUCGAGUCUCAUUGCGUGGGUCAUUCGGAUGGCUAUUCUGAGCUCCGACACCAUGUAAAUAAGACGGCACGCGAGCGAAUUAGCACGUCGUUGGCUACAUGGAACAAGAUGGCGGAGAGACUGACAAUAUUGUGGCCGGCCAGCGCGAUUUCAUAACUCUUGCGCAGCCAAGGCCCGGGACGGCUCGCAGGCAAAAUGAAUACAUUGAAACACCGCUCCGGCCCGAACUUCCGGCAGUGACCGUCAAGAUAAGAUUGAAAGAUGAGAAUGACCUGUGCCGUGGCAGGCCGCCCAAGACCCGUCAACCGCAGGCCAUCACUGCCCAACCGACGGUCAAGAAGGACAGUACGGUGGUCAGUGACGGAGCGGCGGACGUUGCUGACCACAACGACUCUAUUAUCUGCCGGCAGUGCCGUCGCUGCAAAUGCGAGGCCUGCCGUAACCCCAGGCACUUCCCUUCCAAGUGGAUUUGCAAUAACAAGUGCUUGUGUUCGGCUCCCAACGUUGUGGAUUACUGUUCGUGCAUGUGCUGUGUCCGAGGUCUGUUUUACCAUUGGGCCAAAGACUAUGAGAUGGAUACCGAUGUGUCGUGUGCCGACCAGCCGUGUUCCUGCUCGCCACACAAGAGGCUCCUUAGGUGGGGCUGUCUCGGCUUGCUCGCCUUGCCGCUACCGUGUCUCUGUUGUUACUGGCCCUUACGAGGCUGCCUGAAAGCAUGCGAAGGCUGCUACUCGAAGUGCACUGGCCAUGGGUGCCGAUGUGCCCCACCGCACAGGACUGAGCAGGCGCCCGAAAAAAGGCUCCUAGACUCCAACUCGGACUGUUGACUCAUUUUUAACAGCUUCGUACCAAAGAGUUUUGCCUCGCAAACGACCGGUGUCGUUAUGUUUCGUGUGCUUUUGUUCGUGUGCGAGUCAGUGCAUCUGGAUGAGUGGGAAAGCGUAAGUCAGCAUUCAAAUCUCUUCUCAUUGCUUCUUCAUUCAUAGAGGAAACCUUCUAAUUUAUUUCCAAAUUUUGAUUCAGAAUUGGCAGCUGAGAAUCAUUAAAUGCCAAUGUUCUUCUUUUCAAAAUAUAAUUGACAGCUAUUCGGAAAAUUCGUCCAUUUAAAAAUGUUUCAAGUAACAGUUUAUUUUUUGUUAGUAAACAUUUCUGAAGAAAAGUGUGUUUUAUGUCUGGAUCAGCUAGAAAAAGUCAUGGGAUUGCAUUAUCCUCGAAGCGGACGAUUGAUCUUGGAUAAAGAAUUACAAUAGUUGGAGCUGCUUGGAAUAACUGAUUUUACCCACUAUUCGUUCGAAAAUGUGAAAAAUCUCUCUGCCUUCCACAAAGCAAUUAAAAACCGAAGCAAG